AUGGAGAUCGACAGUCAACCCUCGAAGAGACGGCGACGCAGUCGCAAAGUUCUCUCUGGUCGCAAGUUCGAAUGCACCUUUGAAGGCUGUGGGAAGAGCUACUCUCGCGCCGAACACCUAAGUCGCCAUGCGCUUAACCAUGCCCCGAAGCAGAUCUAUCGCUGCGACUUUCCCAACUGCUACCGAUCCUUCGUGCGACAGGACCUCUGCACUCGUCACCGUGAACGUCACACCACCAGCGGUUCCCAGCUCCAGAAACGAGACAAUUUCACCGAAAAUGACACGAAAGCUUCCCCUCUUUCCUCCCCUGCUAUCACCGCACCGGAAUACUUCGUCAGCUCGGAGGAGCCAAAACCCCCGGUGACAACAUAUCCGCUCACCACUGGCGUGGAUAGCAAUGCUAUACCAGUGGCUCAAUACUCGGACUUUCCGACAGUGCUGGAUCAGCCCGAUAAUUUCAUCGAUCUCGACUCCAUGUCCUACCCCAUCUUUGGCGGGGAAACCUACAAUCGAUCACCAUUCGCGAUGGCAGACGAUUUUGCAGCGUGGCUGUUUAGCGAACCGCUCGCGCCGCUGGGUUAUGGAAUGGUACCACUUGUCCAUAAUCAAUUUUAUAUGAAUGAGCCUGCGUAUAGCAAUGACAACUUUUGCUCGGUGAUCCCACAACACCCGAUGAGCGUGACCAGCAUCCUGGACUCAGGAGCACCACCGGCGAUUAUUUCGGAAGAAAAGCGCCAAGAGUUGCUACAAUUGAUGUCGACUAGGUUCAACGAAGCAGCAUACGCGCCGGGUGCCAAACGCAAACAUGCGCUGAUGGACGGAGAUUUAAACGAUGACCGGCACGUCUUAAGCUUGCGCAUGAUGCAGUCGUACAUUGGAUCCUAUUGGUACCAUUUCCAUGCACAACUUCCGAUCCUGCAUCAACCGACAUUUGGCGCUGAUCGUACCCCGAAUUUAUUACUGCUAGCUAUCAUGGCGAUUGGUGCAGCAAGAUUGGAUAAAAGCCAUGGCCAGGCCGCCACCGAGGCAGCGGCGGAAUUAGCCAGUUUCAUCGCGUGGCAUUUGCGCUGGGAGAUUUUUAUGGAUGCGGAUUUCCGGCCACCAGCUAGGCUCUGGGUCUUCCAAUCUCUAUUACUACUUGAAGUCUACGAGAAACUCUUCUCUACUCGUGCACUGCAUGAGCGGGCACACAUCCACCACGACACAACACUUACGCUCAUGCGCCGAGGUAGUUCAUUGAUCGGCAAUUCUUCUUUUGACACACCGGAAACUAAAGAAGAGGAUGAGUCUUGGUCAACUUGGAUCAAGGCAGAAGCGACCCGACGCGUUGCAUUCGCCGCUUUUGUCUUGGAUUCAACACAUGCAACCAUGUUCGGCCAUUCAGCCAAGAUGGUGGCCCACGAACUGCGGCUGCCAUUGCCCUGUGAUGAGGCGUUGUGGGCAGCAACAAGCGCAGCCGAGGUUGCUCGGGUGCAAUCUAGUCUGCAGUCCCAUGGCGUGCGGCCAAUUAUGUUUUUAGAUGGCCUCAAGCGCACUCUUAAUGGACAACCCGUCCGGACCAAUGCGUUCGGACGAAUUAUUAUCAUGUCGGGCUUGCUGAGCGUCUGCUGGCAUCUCAACCAACGAGACCUGCAGAUCAGCUCGCUUGGUGUGGGUCAAACCCUCGGCGGACGAGAUAAAUGGAGGACGGCAUUGCUCCGGGCAUUCGAUAACUGGCGGCGCGACUUCGACGAAGCCCUGGGACCGUCGACCACCUCCGAAUCGCGCAACGUGCUGCACGGGCUGGCCCAUAUGGCAUCUCACGUUGAUAUAGUCGAUCUGCAGAUCUUUGCAGGGGCUGGCCGAUUAAUGGGCCGGUCUAUCACAGCUCGUGAUUAUCGCGCCGCACGAGAAAAGACCGAGCGGUGGGCGACCAAAGCGUCGGCACGGGAUGCCACGUUCUAUGCGCUCAAGUUUUUGUCUACGUGUUUCUUAGACCCGACCACACAGCCUGGGGAGUAUGCUGCUCGCGAUGACUAUCUCUUGAAUCGCCCGUGGGUGAUGUACUUUGCAGCGCUAGUGGUAUGGACAUAUGGGUUCGCUCUGGACGGCCCUUUGCGUCCUGCUCCUAUUCUCUUGACAAUGGCCGACCGAGAGCACGACAUGCAGAUAUUUUUGCACCGUGUGGGAGCAAUCCAAGAACCCAAUGAGCUAGAGGCCAUGAGCGGGCGCAAUGGCUGUCUCGGUCUACUAAUGAUUCUCCGUGAUUCCUUUGCGAAACCGCGAUGGGAGCUCCUGGGAGAGGCGGCGCGGCUGCUGGACAGCUGUAUCGCGAAGCUGCAGUCGUAG